ACCCGUGCUCCUGUAGAGUUACAAUAUUACAAUCGUGAAACGUUUCGGAGUAGCUUAUUCCAGUGUCUCGUUGUGUCACAAUUUAAUAUAAAUAAUUAUAAUUAACUUGGUUAAUAUAAAAUUAUUUGUUUUAUCAAAACAAUUUUAAUUAUUCACCCGCUCGUGAGCUCGAAUUACGCGAGGUUUAAAUUGUCGCAGUGAUAGCUUGUGAUAGUUGUCUGAUUGAACAAAAAAAAAGAAAAAAGAAAAAGAAAAUCCAAGUGCUGGAAGAUUGAGAGAGAAAAAAACAAGAAGACAGGAGAUAGUUAAAGAGGAAAAGAGAGUGUGUGACUAAAUCUCAGUUAAAAGGAUGGACAUCGACUUGGGCGAAAUGAACUGGACGUGGCGAUGACAAGUCUGAUAUUAGAGAACGCAGAUUUAAACCGACUAUUUCCGAAAUGCCGGCCUAGGGGCGGCCAUCCCCCGCAGUCGGGGGCAGGAUCGCAUCAUCAGACGACGGGCCAGCAGCCGCAUGACCGUCGUAGCAGUGUUUCAACGUGUAAGAAGCUGGAGCCGGUCACUACACCGUCGUCGUUGUCCUCGUCGUCGUCGACGAGCGUCGUAACAGGAGGAUCAGGAAGUGGGUUUCCUUAUAUCGACAUGAUUGACCUGGAGCACGACAACAACACCGACAGGUGUAGAAAACGAGCGACGAGUCGCAGGAAAAAAUCAGGUUCGCUGUCCCGUAGGACGGCAAGCAUAAUGCCGGGAUUCGAGGCCCAGAUCCAGUCCCAGUCCCACCAGCAGCAACAACAGCAGCAGAUAUUGACGUCGCAUCAGCAGCACGGAAUGAUGACAACCACCAAGCCAGUGUCUUCCAGCUCAUCGUCCUCAGCAUCAGGACGCAGUGAAGAUGCGCCGAACUACGGGAGUCUCGGUGGUAGUGAUCAUCAGGGACAGUCACAGCAGGAUGACAGCGGCCCUGAAGAAGGCCCUGUUUAUAUUUUAACUUCCGCCAAAGGCGACAGAAGUUACAAGUUACGGGAUUCCCGGAUUAUUGAGAUAGCUGGUGGAAGAGAAGUAUUCUCACAAAGCAGAGGUAAAGUUGCUGCCAGGAAGCCUCGUUUCCUUACCUCUUCAAAGUCCGUGCCUAAUGACGAGUCCACCGGAGACAAGUUGACAGUAAAGAAAAAUAGUAAAUCACCCAAUCGACAGAGUGUCUGGGAAUUAAGAAGCAGAUGUGGAGAAGCGAGGCGACAGCGAGCAAAUCGUGAAAUAACCGAAACAGUAUUUUCAUCCGAGGUCCAUUCAGUUCGUCGUAAUCCAACAAAAUCAAUAAUUGAUUAUGACUCACCAAAGGCUGCACGUAGUAAUCGUAUUAUAAAUUAUGAUUCGGUAUUAAAUAGCAAUAAUGUAGAGUAUUCGGUGGGGAAAAGUAUAACAGACAUUGAUUGUGGAUUACCAAAGAAUUGUAUUGACUAUCAAUCAAACCACACGACACCGGCAAGAAGUAUGGCUAUUGUCAGUGACGGUGAGGUCGUUGUCUUUGAUGACAUCGAUGACAAUUGGCAGGGACUUAGAUUGGAUCUUGGUACAACAAACAAUACCACCACAAACUCCCAAAUUAAUACUACGAGUUAUUUGAAUUCUGAUCAAGAUGACGUACAGCAGCAGCAGCAGCAGCAACGUAGCAGUAGAAUUCCUCCGGAACCGCCUGGCUCAAGUGUCGGUAGUUCUCCGAGUCCUACGUCAAUGUAUCCGAGAAAUACAUCCGACUUUUUCAAGGUGAUUACACCCGCGAGUGACUGCGAAGUUAAUUCACCAUCACCAGAACGAAAUCACAAAGUCGCAAGGGUCAUUGGAGAAUUACCAAUAGCUCAAUAUUCUGGUAGUCCACGUCGUUAUGGUGUACGUGAAAAUUCACGAUUACCAAAUAUAUUGUCAUCACCCUCGAUAUACAUGACACCAAGACCUGGAUUUCCACAAAGAAUUUUACCAACGACGCCAAACCAAAAAGAAAAGGAGACUGAUUAUUUGACGGCGAAAGAGGAACCUGUUGUUGAAGUGUUAGUUGAUACGACGACAAGCCCAACACCUGAGAAAAGCAACAGCAAUCUUAUAGUAACUUCACACUCGGUUGAAGAAAUAUCCACAUCGCAGGAUCUUGUGUCACAAUCAAAUGAGUCUAAAACACAACAGGAAGAGGAGGAGGAGGAGGAAGAAGAUUUUCUCAAGCCGUCUUUUCUCAGUAGUGAUAAUUUAUCGAGUCUCGUUGCACCCGGUGGCAGUACUUUCGACUAUUUGUAUGAAUUUUCUGAGACAAGAAAAGUAUUGGAGGAAUUUUUCAAAUGCCCUGCGCCUACUGAGGAAAAGGAAAACAACGGCGAGUCGUUUCCGUUUCAGGAUUUGGACUACGAGUUACGACGACAAGGCGGAAACUCAUAUGUUGGUCAGCGCCUAGCCAGCGGUUUGCCAAAUACCGAAGAAGUUAUGGUACAUGAAUCACCAAAGAAACAGCGGGCGGACUUUCCCCCUUCUAUCGAGCAUGAGAAUAAUUUCCUCGAUUUAUCCGUGGGCACUGGGAGCAGUGAAGAUCUCGGUGAAACUGAAGUAGGCCUACAGGUCGGGCAUUCACGUAAUUUUACCCUCAGUCCGGAAACGACAGACUGCGACAGUAAUUGCGGUGAUCUUGAUAGUGAAAUGUCACUAAUGAUGAUGGACAAUGAACUAUUACCGGCAAGCGGACUUCUCGGGUCUGUUGGUGAUCUUGGUAACAAUUCAGACUCACUGAGAAUAUACACGAGCAUGCCGGUACUCGAGGACGGUCUGUCGAGUGGUCACGCGAGCGAUACUGACAACAAUAAUCCCACGGUGAUGUUAAUGAAACGUCAGAUAAAUGAAAUAGAAAAGGAAAUAAUACAGAGGACGAGAAACGAUAUGCUCGGCACUGAUAUUGAUAAUGAAAAAGACGUCAGCUUAAAUGUUACGAAAGACAUUCUUCAGACGUUGAAAGCAACCUCGCCGGAUUUAUUUAUAGCGCAGAAAGAAAAUUCUUACGAGACGAAUGAGUUGAAUUUAGACGGGUUAGAUCCAUUAGGCACUCCACCACCUCCCGCGCCCCAAGGCAGACAAAGUAUAAACUUGGAAAUCGGCGGUGAAGUUGAGGCAGCAAUAAAAGAUAUACGAAUGGCUCUGCAGAAAACAAAAACGUUGCCAGUUAAGUCACCGUCGGAAGAGCCACCCGAGCCGAGCGUCAGUCCCAUUUGGAUACCCAGUAUGUUGGAUGGUAGGCGGAGGAUCUGCACCGAGAGCAACAGCGAGGACUCAGAAGCGCGCCGAGUCGAGGAUGAGAAUGAAGUCGAGGUAGAGGAAGUCGUCGACGAGGAGGAAGCCGACACCGACUUGGAGACCGAUCGGCUCCUCGGCCAACAGAGAACUGACGACCAGGGGUUCUACGAUGACAAGGGGUGGCGGAAGCCUAAAACUAGGACAAUGCUACCACCAAUGAGUACCAAAGUCGUAACACCAAAGCAAACCCCACCGAAAACAUUGAGUGUAGCUCCACUAGAAACGCUAACGCCACCCGAGCCCCUGCCCUCAACGUCGUCAUCCAUAUCCCCGCCUCCUAUUGUCACUGUAAUACAGUCGCCGACGUCUGAACGUGAGGCGACAUCGCCCACUACUCAAACCUCACCGAGUCCCCAGAAGAUCUCCCCGGUUAAAAAUUCUCCCUCGCCCACUCAAAGCCUCAAGGAGUCCAACGGCAAGGCGAAAAAGGAAAAAGAGGGAAAGAAGAAAAGCCGUAAUAAAGAAGGAUUACUGGAUGAUCCAUCAGUGCUUAUUGAGGGUGUACUGUUUCGUGCGCGAUAUCUCGGAUCAACGCAACUUGUUUGCGAGGGCCAACCGACUAAAUCCACGAGGAUGUGUCAAGCAGAAGAAGCCGUAUCUAGGAUAAAGGCGCCAGAUGGUGAAACCCAACCCAGCGCGGAGGUGGAUCUUUUUAUAUCGACAGAAAAAAUAAUGGUAUUAAACACAGAUCUAAAAGAGAUAAUGAUGGACCAUGCACUGAGAACAAUAUCAUAUAUCGCGGACAUCGGUGAUCUUGUGGUGCUGAUGGCGCGAAGGCGUUUUGUACCUCACGAAAUGGAAGAGGCUCCAAAGAUAAACAGAACACCAAAGAUGAUUUGCCACGUAUUUGAAAGCGAAGAAGCUCAAUUUAUAGCCCAGAGUAUCGGUCAAGCGUUUCAAGUUGCUUAUAUGGAGUUUCUCAAAGCCAAUGGCAUCGAGGACCACAGCUUCGUCAAGGAAAUGGACUACCAGGAGGUACUCAACUCCCAGGAGAUAUUCGGCGAUGAGUUGCAGAUGUUUGCUAAGAAAGAAAUGCAGAAGGAGGUGGUGGUACCAAAGGCUAAAGGGGAAAUUCUAGGUGUGGUGAUUGUUGAGUCUGGCUGGGGCUCGAUGCUACCGACAGUAGUGAUAGCAAAUCUUGCGCCAGCCGGUGCGGCGGCACGUUGCGGUCAGCUCAACAUCGGUGAUCAGAUAAUCGCUAUUAAUGGAGUAUCACUUGUAGGAUUACCAUUAUCAACGUGCCAGACUUACAUUAAAAAUUCUAAAAAUCAGACAGUAGUUAAGCUUACGGUUGUGCCAUGCGCUCCAGUAGUUGAAGUGAAGAUUAAGAGGCCGGAUACUAAGUAUCAACUAGGAUUUAGUGUACAAAAUGGUGUAAUAUGUAGUUUACUGAGGGGUGGAAUUGCCGAGAGAGGUGGCGUGCGUGUGGGCCACAGAAUAAUUGAGAUUAACAAUCAGAGUGUUGUUGCUGUGCCACAUGAGAAAAUCGUUAAUCUCUUGGCUACGUCUGUUGGGGAGAUACUCAUGAAGACGAUGCCCACAUCUAUGUUUAGACUAUUGACCGGCCAGGAGUCUCCGGUGUACAUAUAAAGAGGAAAAUAUUAACUUCUAUAUAAAUAUAUAUUAUAUAUACAUAUAUAAAUGAAAAUAAAAAAAUUUGAGGAUAAUAAUGACAAAAGGAUGG